AUGGUCCGCAAAACGUCCUCUGGCUUCUUCUCGUCCAUUCACGAAGACAUGCCACUUCAUGUAUCAAGGGGCUAUGAUCGAAUAGUCCAGCAUACGGCCUACCCGCCCUCCUCGAUACCUACCAGUCCCCAAAAAGAGAAAUUCUCUCCUGAAAGAUAUACCCAGCCGUACAUGGACUUCAUGACUCAGAACCCGACCAUAUUUCAUGCCGUCGACUAUUUCACAACCAAGCUAGACAAGGCUGGCUAUGUCUAUCUAUCAGAACGUGAACAGUGGAAGAUGAAGCCAGGUGGAAAAUACUACACCAAGCGAAAUGGCAGUGCAUUCAUUGCCUUUGCCGUUGGGAAAGACUACAAGCCUGGAAAUGGUGUUGGAAUAGUCGCCGGUCAUAUCGAUGCUCUCACCGCAAAGGUCAAGCCGGUUCCAAAACUGCAGACGAAAGCUGGGUAUGUUCAGCUCGGGGUCGCACCUUACGCCGGUGGGAUGAACAUGACCUGGUGGGAUAGAGAUUUGGGCAUCGGCGGCAAGGUUCUUGUAAAGAAGGACGAUGGAACUAUAGAAGAAAAGCUUGUCAAGCUGGACUGGCCCAUUGCAAGAAUACCAACGUUGGCUCCCCAUUUUGGGGCAGCGGCUCAGGGCCCGUUCAACCCAGAAACCAACAUGGUUCCAAUCAUCGGGCUUGACAAUUCAGACAUUUCGGGAAAGGAGCUACCUUCGCUGAAGCUGCCUGCCGGAACGUUUGUCGCAAAACAACCAGAGCGCCUGGUGCGAGCGAUUGCAGGGCAACUGGGUGUCAAGGAGUACACUUCCAUCGUCAACUGGGAACUAGAGCUUUUCGACAUCCAGCCCGCCCAGCUUGGAGGCUUGGACAAAGAGUUCAUUUUUGCAGGGAGAAUCGACGACAAGCUUUGCUGCUUUGCUGCUAUUGAAGGACUUCUGGCCUCCCCGGACGACGCUUCCCCUGGUAUCAUCAAAAUGGUUGGUUGCUUCGACGAUGAAGAAGUAGGAAGCUUUCUAAGACAAGGCGCACGAUCGAACUUUAUGCCCAGCGUCAUCUCGAGGAUUUGUGAGGCCCUAAGCGACUACUGUGGACCCAACCUUAUCAAUCAGACGCUGGCAAACUCGUUCCUUGUCUCUUCCGAUGUGAUCCACGCAGUCAACCCCAACUUCCUCUACGCAUAUCUGGAGAAUCACGCGCCGCGCUUGAAUGUUGGAGUGGCCGUCUCUGCGGAUCCCAAUGGGCACAUGACAACCGACAGCGUCUCAAGUGCCCUGUUGUCCCGAAUUGCUGAGAAAUGUGGGAGCACAUUGCAAGUGUUCCAAAUUCGCAAUGACAGUCGAAGCGGUGGCACCAUUGGACCCAUGACCAGCUCAAGAUUAGGCUGUCGCGCAAUCGACUGCGGCAUCCCGCAGUUAUCAAUGCAUUCGAUCCGAGCAACCACAGGAUCGCUCGACCCUGGCCUCGGAGUGCAGCUGUACAAGGGUUUCUUCGAUUAUUAUGAAGAGGUCGAUGCUGAGUUUGCCAACUAG